CGGGCGUGCUGAUCAACUCCUUAGUGAUGGAUACCGCUAUGUACAGUCACAUUGCCCUAGGGCAUCCCGACACUUGAGAGACAUAUCCACAUCGAACCCACCGAAGCGUGACGAAUGAAUCUUAUGUCCGUUUGUUAUCUCUUUCCUUGCAUGACCAGAAAGUUGCCUGGCUAUUUAUACGACCCCUUGAAGUGCUACCUCACUCAUACCUAUUCAUAUCCACGCUAGCUGUUCUCACUCUACCAAUAUGUCCCAAGUUCAGCAAUACUGGCUUCCAGGAUACGGACUGUCGCGUCACAUUGUCCUGGGCCACAUACAAUACUUUCUAGGGCCAUCGGCCAGUGUCAGACCAUACUCCUACCAGGGGCGUGAUGGCUACCUAAUAAUCGGUGUACCUCUCACACGGGAACAAAUCGACGACCUCGCAACGAUGUCGCGAGAAUACGAACGUCAGGAGUCCCUCAGAAUGGCGGGGGAUGCAGGCACCAGCAACUCCACCAGACAGUCCGAGCCCUAUAUCAAUGAAAUCGUACCUGUUGGAAUGUCAGGAAAUCGCCGGAGACCGAUGGAAUAUGAAACUCGACGAACUCGAUAAUUUUAGUGACCAAGAAGUAAAGAACUGGCUUUCAACAUUUUUGUUCUUUCCGCGUGUGCUUUUCUCGAGCGGAUUUCCUUCUACAGA